AUGUUCAAAGCCCUGAUGGGCGGGGGCCGGUCCGAUACCCGAAGCACGACCAGCUCCAGCUCUAAAAGUCGACGCAGAGCCGAUUCCACCAAAUCCUCCCAUAGCCGCAAAUCCUCACGGGGUGACGACCGUGAUCGUGGCUUGGAUGAAGAGAAUUACCCUCCGUCGGCCUCGGGCAGCAGACGCGGUCCCUCCAGUGUCGCUGGCGAUUCUGUCGCAUCGACCUACAUGACCGCCGAAACCGAACCGUUUGCCAAUCCAGAUCCUAUGAUCAUCGAAAGAACACCCAAGCGAAGAGACAGCGAUCGAGAAAGUAAGAGCUCUCGUCGUCGCACCCGCGACCGGUCGGAAAGUCGAGAGCGCGAUAAAGGGACAAGCCGCCGCAGCGUCGGAGAUGGGAUAGAUGAUGUCUAUGAUGAGCGCGACCGUCGUGAGCGCCGGCGCGCACAGCCUACAGGACCUAAUCUUCCACCCAUCUCUACAUCUAUGCCUUCUAGCGCACCGGCUGCGCAGUUUCCAACCGAUAUGGGCGCUCCUGGAUUUUCGCAAUUCCCCGGCCAAUUCGAUCAUGGGCCAUCGCCAUCCUUUGGCUCGCCUCAUCACGAUGCCUCGCCUCCCCAUAAUGCCUCCCCUCCUCAUAAUAUGUCGCCCCAUCAUAAUGCCUCAACCCCGUAUGACCCGCAUGUGAGCCAACAAUUCCCUGGCCAGUUCCCGACUACAACUGCGGGGCCUUAUUAUCCACCCAAUAAUCCCGCUGGCGCUGCCGCAGACUACUACAAUGAUCAAGGGCAAUCUGUGGGUGAGCAGCCAGGAGUGCGACCUCAUAAGCCGGCAGUCAUCCCUAAUAGCCAGGCGCAUCUCAUGGCUGCCUCGCCGUCAGCUAAUCCUCCCCCGGAACCUAGUAGCCUUGGUGAGCUUGGAGCUGCGGCAACUUAUUUUGACGAUGCCUUCCAAGUUCCCGAAGCACCGGCUACGUCUUCCAGACCUCCCAAGCCUGGUAAGGUUUCUUCUAAGCCCACGAGGCCAUCGAAGCCCAGCAAGCUUUCCUCGUCAAGCUCCACCCCGGUAGUUGCAGCUGCUGGAGCGGCGGCUUACGGACUUAGCAGUGCCAUGUCCUCACACCAUAGCGAUUCCCACAGCGAAACGACAGCUAUUCACCAGUCUACCUCGUACUCGCAGCCGGCUGUCCCAAUUGCCAACGUUGCAAGUGGUAACAGGCCUCCCCCAUCUGCCAACGUCCCAAGUGGCAAUAGGCCUCCCCCGAUUGCCAGCGCUCCCUCUGGUGACAGACCUCCUCAAUCCCAUGGGAUCAGCCCUGGUGUUGGCGCCGGUGUUGGCGUCGCGGCUGCGGGCGCAGCAGCAGGAUACAUGCUUAGCCAUCAACAUCACUCUUCUAGCCCCGAAAAUGCCUCCCAGUACACUUUCCAGAACUAUGAGCAGUCUUCCUCAGCUGGUCUGCCCCCUCAUGGCUCUGGCCCCAACAAUGCCGUCGUACCUGGAGGCCCCGAAGGGUAUCCCAUGCAAAACCCUGGCUUCUACCCCCAUGGAACUGGCGCACUUGCUAUGCGACACCGCCCACAAGGUCCUCUUUCGAAGUUCGCGGACUUUUGGCGUGACCCUGAGGGUGUUGGCAGAUUUGAAGACUACACCGAGUCCAUUGGUGUUUGCAAGUACUGUUUUGAGCCUGGAACAAGCUGUCUUGAUGCUCCUCGCAAGCAUCAUUAUGAUGGACGCAGACACUCUUCUGAUCGCUACAGCAGUGGUAGUGCCUCCCGAGUAAGCAAAAUUAGUCGAUACCAAUCAUCUGAAGACGAGAGUCGCCGGCGCAAGAAGUCUCGCAGGUCAAACAAAUCUACUUCUUGGCUUCCAACACUGGGUCUCUUUGCUGGCAAAGAAUUCAAAGACUCCUACAGUGUGCGUUCUGGUCGAGUCGCAGAUGACCGUGUUUCUACUUAUGAUGCGGAAACAACUUCGAUGUCUGAUCGCCGAAGUUCUACAUCCCGAGGUGUGAUCCGUCGCCCUGGCUCCCCCAGGGAACAUUACCCCGAAUCGAAAUACUCUCAUCGAACGCGCUCACGAUCACGAUCCUCGUCGCCCUCUGGCCGUCAUUCAUUUGUGAAGGAGGCAGCACUUGGAGCUGCAGUUGGUGGUGCCGCCCUGGCUAUUGCGAAAUCACACCAGCGGUCCCGCAGCCGCUCUCCGUCUCGAGUUGAACGCCGAAAAGAGUCUUCAUCUAGCUCAUCAUUCCUUGAUGUUUCUCGAUCUUCACCCAAGAACGGUAAUGAUUUUACUUCAUUCUUCACAUCUUCGUCCGACAACCGCAAGAAGCAGAAGAAGCGAAGCAAGCGCAGAGGCUUUUUCUCUUUCAACAACUCUUCAUCAUCGUCGCAUGAUGCGGAUCUUGCUUUUGGAAAUGGAUUUUCGAAGAAGUUCAAGUCCAAGAAGGAAAAGAAAGACAAGAAGAAGAAAGAGGAUGUGGAUGCUGCUCUUCUGGGAUUGGGCGCAACGGCAACUGCUCUUGCUGCUUCGUCUCAUGGCCGUAGCCGUACCACUGGUCAGAUUCUCACUGCCAGAGAUCAGCGAUCUCGUCAUUCCGACUACACAUCCUCUGCCGUUGAAGAUGAGGAGUGGAUUGAUGCGGAGUCGGACGACCAAUCUUCUGAGAGUGUUUCGUCUGCCCUUGCAUUUGGAGCCAGCAGUGCUGAAUCCGGAUCCGAUUCGGGUCGCAGUGGAUGGGGCUUCUUUGGAUUCAACAAGAAGAAGAAGAACAGCAAAAAAGAAAACAAGUCUUCCUUCGGCAAUGCUGCUUUGGCAGCAGGUGCCGGUGCUCUCGGAGGUGCCGCCCUCGCUACUGUUGCUCGCAGCCGUGAUAGCAGAGUCUCAAGCAGCUCCGGAAGCUUGCAGCAAGUCUACCCUACCGCUACCUCGGACCCGACUAGAUUCGACGCUAUCAAGGUGUCUCCAUCAGUUUUAUCUGGCGAGCCCCCCACCGUCCGCCCUGGCCCUAUUCCAUUGCAGCAACCGCAGCCUGUCAUGCCAGUUUCCCAAUCCGUGUACACUACCCAAGGAAAUUUCCCCGGCUCUAUUCCUGCAUACAGUGCUCCUGAAGUGCCGCUUGCUUUGGCCAAUCAACCUUACGAUGCUCAGCAGUUCCAAGGCUCCCGAGAGCUGGUGUUUGUGCCCGAAGAUCGUGAAUUCGAUCGCCGGAAGCACCGUCGCAGCGACUCUACUCCCGUUUUCCCUAUCCAAGAAAGUUCUAUCUCAGGCCUUAAGCGUCGAUCUACCGCCAAGGAAGCAGCUUCUGUUUCUUUUGAUCUUACCGAAAAACAAGAGCAGAAGCAACGCCGUCGCGAAAAUUACACAGAGGAGGACCUCCCGUACCAGGCUGUGCAAUUAGUCGAUCUCGAAGAGAAGGCUAAGCAGGAGGAAGCCCAACGUGAAUUUGAGCGUCAAGAUCGUCGUCGCAGAGAGCAAGAGGCUGAGGAUCGUCAUCGCAGAGAAUUGGAGGCCGAGGAUCGUCGUCGCCGACAACAACAAGAAGAGGACGAUCGCCGUCGCCGACAGCAAGAGGAUGUCGACCGCCUCCGCAGACAACAAGAGGAUGAAGAUCGCCGUCGCCGACAGCAAGAAGAUGAGGAUCGUAUCCGCAGACAGCAAGAGGACGAGGAGCGUCUCCGCAGAGAACAAGAAUAUGAAGAUCGUCGUCGCGAAACUCGCACUGAAAAGGAUUCGUCAUCCUCUUGGGCUGAGGCCGCUGCCAUUGGCGCGCUAAGCGGUGUCGCUGCCAGUACUCUUGUCUCAUCUCACAAGAGCGAUGAUGUAGCACACUCAGAAGCCAGCUCGGAUCGUUAUAGCAAGCGACGUGAGAAGCGUCGCAAGGAGCGAGAGGAAAGCCUCAUGGAGUCAUCCGUUUCUCCAAGAUCUGAAGUCGUCAUGCCGAUUGAAGAAGUUGAGGAGCCCGUGGUGUAUGAAGAGGAACAUAAGAGAUCGCCUGGCCGUAGCCCCCGCUCUUCUCCUGUCUAUGAGAGUUAUGCCGACUUCUACGCCCCCGAUCUUCACCACAGCUCUGAUCAGGACAAGCAAAGCCGUGACUCUCAAGAUCAGCCCACUGUCGUUGAAGUGGUCCCUGCUAGUGAGCGUGACCGACAAACCGAAACCUCCAAGGAUAUUGAUGAGGGUGUGCAUCAGUUCGCACGAGAGCCUUAUGAAGGCUAUGAUAGACUUCCUUUUGAAGUUCCAACUCUUAUCUAUACCAAGCCUACUCCGGAGCACAGCGUCAACGGAUCCGCAUGUGGUGUUAAUCCCACCGCUGGUCCCCCCGAUGCACCUGUUGAGACCGAGCAUGAGCAUGAGCGCGAGCGUCAAGUAGAGUCCGAGCCCGAGCGUGAACUCCAACAUGAGCCUCAACCUGAGCCCCAACCUGAGGCUCAUUUCGAGUCUGAGCCUGAGCCCGAGAUCGCGCCCGAGCCGGAAUUCAAAUCAACUGAGCGAUCCACCACUGGCUCUCGAGUUUCUUGGGGCCAUGACAAGACUCAUGAAUACGAGGUUCCAUCUUCAUCUGAGCACGAUCCGACAGAUUACGAAAUCUCCCCAUUCGAGGAUCAAAAUGAGUUCCCCGCGAUGACCUCGAAACGUGAUAAUGGAAAGAAUGUCAGUGACCAGUCCUUCGGAAACGACAUUGAGUUCGCUGCUAUCGCCGCUGCUGGAGCCGAAGCAGCUGGAUUCGAUCCUUCUGUUGUUUUCAAUGACCCCAAGUAUCACACUCGCAUAUCCCCUCCUGGAUCAGAGGACGAGGGAGUCUACAAUUAUCCCUCGAAGUGGGAUGAGGAAAAGUCACAAUCUCAUGAAAUCGUCGAGAGAGAUGUCGAGAGUCACGAGCUUGACCAGUCCAGAGAUAUCAAACCAUCUUUCGAGCAUGUGAUUGAGGAUAAGCCUUUCUACUCCGAGCCUGAGUACAUUACCAGUGAUCAAGUUCCAUCUCCCGAGACACGCGAACGUGGCUCAAUUGCCCAACGGGUUAUGGAAGACUUGAACAAGGAGAACACCCCACCUAACUACGCUGAACAAGAUGUCUUCUCCAUGCCCGGUGGAUUCGAUACCCCCGCAGAGCCUCGUGAGCCUGAGCAGUCCUAUGAUUCUCGGUCCGUUUUCUCCGCUCCCGUUGGGAGAGAAGUUGAUACCCCCACGAAGUCCAGAAAACCCCGCCAGAGCGGUGACGAUUUUGAGUUGUCGCGUGAGAUUGCACCGGCCGUGAUUGAAAGCGCUGAAGUAAUUGAUGAUGAGGAAAAGAAGAAGCACCGCAAGCAUCGCUCUAAACGCGACAGUGACACAUUCUCAGUCGACGCUGGCUCUAUAGUCACCGUGGAUGAUGAUGAUAAGUCCGAGCGCCGCCGACACCGCCACCGCCCUUCCCGCGACGAUGUCGAUGAUGCUGCUUCUACAUUUACUGUUGAAGAUGAUGAUGGAAAAUCCGAGCGUCGUAGACGUCGUCAUCACUCUUCCCGCGACAUCCUUGAUGAUGCUGCAUCCACAAUUAGCGUCGAAAAUGAUGAUGGGAAGUCUGAGCGCCGAAGACGCCGUCACCAUUCUUCUCGCGACGAUAACGAUGAUGCUGCUUCCGUCAUGACCGUUGAAGAUGAUGACACCAAGUCUGAGCGCCGCAGACGCCGGCACCACUCCAAGCAUGGUGAUGAUGAUGAUGCGCGAUCGACCCGUUCAGCCGCUGAUGAUGAUGGAAAGUCGCCACGCCGCACACAUAGUCGUCACUCUUCUCGUGAGAGUCUAGUUGAAGACAAGGAUAAGAAGGAGAAGUCUGGUGGUAUCUUGCGCAGUCUCUUUGGUUCCCGGGUGUCAGCACCAGCUGGAGGAGAGGAGCGACGUGGAUCAUCUCGAUCUUCAUCGCUUGAUAAGCGAGUGUCUCGUGAUGCUGUCUCUGAAGCAGGAGUUGACGACGAAAGGCGUCGACGAAAGAAGCGAUCUUCAAGCUCUAGACACAGCUCAAGUGGUGAUAAGUUGGAAGAUUACGAUUCGGACAAGGUAAGCGCGAAGGAUGACACGAAUCUGGAGGAGUACAGAUCGAAGAGGCAGGAGAAGGAAGAGCAACGUCGACAGCGUUACGGCGACAUUGUCGACUCGGGAAGACGUCGAGAAUCUGAGAAGGUAUAA